GCAGCGAACUUCGUCAUGUCGAAGGUCUCAGAAGCAGCGCGGCUUCGAACAGAGUUUGGGGUACAGCUGCGGCUUCUACGGGCGGCUGGUGCCUGGACACCAGGGUGUGGCGGUGUGGUGCAGGCGGUUUACGGAUGCUACUGUGCAUUCAUCGUGGUUUCGCUCGUGGUGUUCGUGGUUACCCAGGUCUCCGCCAUUCUGCACUUCUGGGGCGAUAUCAUCAGCAUCACCAACAGCGUCUGUGUCACCUUCGUCUACAUCCUGGCUACCUUCAAGCUGGUGGUACUCCUCAAGAUGCGUGGCUUAACAGACGAACUUCUCGACAAUCUCGACAGAUGUAUGGAGCGCUAUGGACGCACAUUUGGGAGAGAAAAGGCGUUCGUAUUUGGUGAAUGUGCACGCAGAGGCCGCUGGAUUUCUCUAAUGCAAGCGUGGAUGGGACUAUGUUUGUACGUGGCCUGGGUAAUGCAGCCUAUGUUGCGAGUGCAGAGCUGUUCCACUGCAGAGUGUCGCAGCCAGAGCGGCUUCCCCACCGUCGUCUGGUACCCGUUCUCCUUCACGGAGCCACCUGCCUACCAGGUUGUGUUCAUUGUUGUGUCCACGGGCCUGUUCUACGGCAACAUUAUCUCCAUCACGGUCCACAGCACGUUCUGCACUCUCAUGAUCUACGUGGCUGGCCAUCUGCGCGUCCUCAACCACAUGGCCAGGAACUUGUGCAGCACCCAGCAGUACGAUGAGGCAACCGGCGAUCACAAACAGCGCAACAGGUGUGAUGCAGGGGAAGAACGAGUGAGGGAACAUCUGAGGGAGUGUGUGCGAUACCACAUCGACAUUGAGAGGAUGGUUCAGCAGCUGAGUAAGCUGGUGGGUCCCAUACUACUGGGAGAGUUACUCGCUGACAUGAUCACCGUCAGCGCCAGCGCCUUCAUCACCACAGCCCUGAAGUCGAAUUCGGGGCUGCUGCUAAAGUACGGUUGGUAUGUGUUCGUGGUAGCCGAGCAGAUGUUCCUGGUCUGCUGGUGCGGUGACGAGGUCCUGGCAGAGAGCGAGCGCCUGCAGGUGUCUGUGUACAGCUGCGACUGGACUGGGGGGUCUCCUCGUCUCCUCAGGGAGCUGAGGAUCGUCCUCAGCCGCACGGGGCGGCCCCUGCUGCUCACCGCCAGCAAGUUCUACACCAUCACCAGGGAGACAUUCCUACUGCUAAUAAAUGCAUCUUAUUCAUACUUCGCAUUGCUGAAUCAACUGAAUUCUGAUUGACCAACAGACAAGAACAGCCACU